AUGAUCCGCUUCAUCCUCGUCCAGAAUCGUCAAGGAAAGACGCGCCUGUCCAAAUUCUACGUUCCAUACGACGACGAUGAGAAGAUUCGCCUACGAGGAGAGGUGCAUCGCCUGAUCGCACCCAGAGACCAAAAGUAUCAGAGCAACUUUGUCGAGUUCCGAAACUACAAACUGGUAUAUCGACGCUAUGCAGGUCUGUUCUUCUGCGUAUGCGUAGAUGCAAACGACAACGAGCUGGCCUACCUCGAAGCGAUACACUUGUUUGUCGAGGUACUAGACGCGUUCUUUGGCAAUGUAUGCGAGCUCGAUCUCGUCUUCAAUUUCUACAAGGUCUACGCUAUCCUCGACGAAGUAUUCUUGGCGGGAGAGAUCGAGGAGACUUCGAAACAUGUUGUGCUGGCACGGCUGGAUCAGUUGGAGAAACUCGAUUGA